GGAGCUGGUGCGUGAGCCCGGCUGCGGCUGUUGUGCCACUUGCGCCCUGGGCAAGGGGAUGCCCUGCGGGGUGUACACCCCCCGCUGCGGCUCGGGCCUGCGCUGCUACCCGCCCCGGGGAGUGGAGAAGCCCCUGCACACACUGAUGCACGGGCAAGGCGUGUGCAUGGAACAGGCGGAGAUCGAGGCCAUCCAGGAAAGCCUGCAGCCCACUGACAAGGAUGAGGGUGACCACCCCAACAACAGCUUCAGCCCCUGCAGCGCGCAUGACCGCAAGUGCCUGCAGAAGCACUUCGCCAAAAUUCGAGACCGCAACACCAAUGGGGGCAAGAUGAAGGUCAUCGGGGCUCCCCGGGAGGAAGCCCGGCCUAUGCCCCAGGGCGCCUGCCAGAGUGAGCUGCACCGGGCCCUGGAGCGGCUGGCCGCCUCCCAGAGCCGCACCCACGAGGACCUCUACAUCAUCCCCAUCCCCAACUGCGACCGCAACGGCAACUUCCAUCCCAAGCAGUGCCACCCGGCCCUGGAUGGGCAACGUGGCAAGUGCUGGUGUGUGGACCGGAAGACAGGAGUGAAGCUUCCAGGGGGCCUGGAGCCGAAGGAGGAGCUGGACUGCCACCAGUUGGCUGACAGCUUCCGCGAGUGAGCCCUACCAGCAGGCAGGGGGCUCCCUGCCCCCUGCCCCCCCUUCCCCUGGAGGCUGCAGAGCUGACCUGGAGCCUGGAUCUGAGUCCUGGCUCUGCCUCUGGCCCAGAAGUUUUCCUCAGCAUGUGUGUAGCGUGUGUGUGUUGAUGAGCAUGGAUGUACCCGUGGGGUGAGCCGGAGCCUAGGGGUGUCCUCUUUGGGCUUAGAUAGCCUAAGAGGUCAGAGUGGCAAUGGGGAGCCUUGGUGUGUUUCCAAAUUGACCCUGGAUUCAUUCAUUCUUUUAUUCAUUCAGCCAUCUAAAAACAUUUACUGGCUACAUAUUACAUGCCAGCUCUAGUUCUCAGCCCGGGGUGGGGGCACCCUUAUUCUGACUUCCUCUGAUUUGGACAUUGGGCCCACCUCCUACAAGGUGAACACAAGCCUGUGGGAGAAGAGAAGUCCCAUGCCCAUAAUCUGAGGAGGAAAGUAGACAUGUACCUUGACCAUUGUCCCUCCCUCAAUCUAGUGGUAGAGCGGAGGCCACAGGGAAGGUGUGGGGUAGCAGAUGGCUCAAUGGUCAGGAGACCGGACCCAAAGCUAAGGGCUGCCAGGCUCCUCUUCUCUUCGUCCCCAGGCCCUCCAAGGGCAAGGACCUGCAGAGACAAGCCUACUUUGGGGUUGGGGGUAAUGCCAUCUGCUUGAUUGCCUGGCAGCGGAUCCCUGCUGUGGAGGAGGUAAGAGGGUCCUAGGAAGGCCUGCAAGACAGAGGGGUGGGGUGGUGGGGCCCCUGUCUGCGCAGUCAGGGUGGGAGGAAAGAAUGUGUAAUUGGAAUGUGUGUGCCUGAUGGAGGAAAGGACCAGCAUAAUGGGAUUGGGGGGAAGUAAGAGACUUGCCUGGGGUCCUGUUCCCUUCCAUUUGUAGUCAGAGCCGUGAAAUCACCAGGAUGACUCCAUCUGGCUCACAGCUUGGCCUCUGCCUCCUGCUCCACACCUCCUUCCCUACAGCUCCCGCCCCAUACCCUGCCCCCUGGGCAUUUUCUGGCUUGCUGGAUGGAAGGAGACUUAGGGACCUUCCAGUUGGCCAUGAUGUCUUUCUUUUUUUUUUUUAACAAAACAAAACAAAAAACAAUA